GCGGAGGAGCGCUCCCGGAUUCCGCGUGAACCGGUCCUAUUCCCCCGCGAUGCGGAUUUGUGUCGCGAUGCCUUUCGAAAGCAGGAAGAUCUGAGGGACCUACCUAUCCUAGCAAUAGCGUAGAUUGUUCUCAGGACAGUGCUCUGUACGUGGUCCCCAUGCGCCCUUCCCACCCCGACUCCGUCCACACCCACCGCGAUAUUUGCUGCUGCUAACUGCCUCAUCGCUGUCAGAGACUCUCUUUGCAUUCAUUGUGGAAAACCUCACGUCGCGCGGGCUUUAAGGCGAUCCGGCAGCGAUGUGCGGCAGCAAUAGAGGGCGCCACCACCCGUGACGCGAGCCGGUCGACGGGCGAUCCUCGCAGCCUCCGAAGCCGAGCGCGGCGUUGCCAUGGUGACGCCGGCGAAGUGCCGGGCCGUGUUCGGACUGCUGUCGCUCGCCCUCGUCGUCUGGUCCAUCGGCUUCCUAUACGUGAUAUCGUUUCCGGGGGCGACACCGGCAAUGCGGCGUGCCGGCAACAAGCGAACGUUCCCGCUGUCCUGCGUCGACGGUGGGUGUCCGCUCGUCUUCGCGGCGGAUAGCGCGAGGCAGCGGCUAGAUGUCCCUGUAGGUGGCGCCAGCCGCAAGACCGAAUCUAAACGACUGCGUGAGACAGACAGUGUAAGGUCGGAAUCACUGGACAGUGUCCAGCUGUCGUCGCGUCAUAUUGUCCAGCUGCCAGGUGACGUCAAUCUAACCUCGCGUCGUGGCGGCGGCGAAGCGGCGGCGCCAGUCAGCCUCCGUCCGCGGGCCCGCAACUCGGAAGUGCGGAUCGCGUCGCCGGACACCGGUCACCAGCGCUGGCAGCACGUGGACGACGGCCGCGGCGCCGUGUUCUCGGCGUUCUACGACGACCGCGCGGCGCCACCUAGCGUCGUCGUCGUCGCCCUCUACGAGUUCCGCACGCGCAAGCAGCCGAAGCCGCGCCUGUGGUGCCACCUGGUGUUCGCCAACGGCACGGAGACGGUCGUCGCCGCCGCGGCGCGUUCCCUCAUAGAGGUGCUGCGCCGCCUCUACGCCGUGUACUUCAUCGUGUGUCCGCUAGGGGGCGCCGCGGUCCCCGUCGAGGUCUCGAUCGUUGGCGCGGCCAACGUGACGGCUCAGCGUGCGUCGAACCGGCUCGUCGUGAACGCGUAUGCGGCGGAGACGGAGGCUGAGGCGCGAUUCGGCGUCUGCGUGCCGGCGUUCCACUCGCGCUUCGAUGAGACGCUGCAGCUAGUCGAGGCGUUUGAGACGUGGCGUCUCCUCGGCGCGUCGCGCGUCACCGUCUACAACGGCAGCGCGUCGGCGGCGGUCGACUGCGCGCUGCGCGGCUACGAGCGCGACGGCUUCGUAGAGAUCGUGCAGUUCCACCUGCGCACGGACGGCUACGCGUCGAACGAGACGUUCGUCAACGCGAGCGGCGCGCCCUGGGACGUGCACUCGAACGCUCAGGUCGCGCAGGUCAACGACUGCCUCUACCGCAACAUGCGCCGCGUCGGCAUGCUCGCGUUCCUCGACGUCGACGAGGUGGCGCUGCCGCUGCGUGCGCCCACGUGGCGUCACCUGCUGGCCAACCGCACCGGCGCGUCGUUCAUCUUCCGAAACUUCUUUGCGUACGGCGCGGGGGCGCCGGCGGACGUGCAUGCGGCGGCGCGAGAUUGGCCCGCGCGCGCGCCGCGGCUCUUCUUCGCUCGCUCCGUGCGUCGCCGAGCCGACUACCGCCCCGUGCCGUGGGAGACGUACCGCACAAAGUUCAUGGUGGCGCCCCCUCACAUCGCGCAGGUCGGCAUCCACCAGGCGUACCCGUCAGGGGGCGUGCGCGAUGUUUUUCUCGACAUCAACGACGCCAUCUUGCUGCAUUACCGGAAGGGCUUCGCCGACGCGACCACGCCGCCGGCCGGCGUUAAGACUGUUGCCGAGGAGGCGAUGCUGCGCUUCCGCGAGCCUCUCGCGGCAGCUGUCGGCGCCCGUCUAGAGAAGCUGAAGCGCGAGUGCUUCGCGUGAGCGGGGGGCUGUCGCAGGUGGUGCCCCGCGGUGGCAGAGGUCGGGUGCUGCUUCGCGCAGGAGAACUGUAAUGAUGGCAGGCAAACACACUUAACUGUGUGUGUAGUUAUAUGUCUGCGUAUGCAUAUGAGUGCGCAUGCAUGCGUGCGUGCGUGCGCGUGCGUGCGUGCGUAAGUUCGGCGAUUGCCAUUGUGGGCAUUCACUCUGCUGCUGUCUGCGGUAGUGUGCAUGUGAUUUUUAUAUCGCCGCAGAAGACUGUGAUGAUUGCGUUGCUAUUGUUAUUGCUAUGAUUGAUCGCGUUGCUGUGUGAUAUCAAGAGUAAGAUAAUAAUAAGGGUUGUUAUCUUACUCUUGGUGAUAUCUGUUCACUCUGUCCUGUCUCACACUGCGGGUAGUACUGCUCUAGGAUUAUUAAUUACGAUAAAAGCAAGCCAUUGGUUGUGACGCUUUGACGUCAACCCCCGAAAAGUUUUCUCAGAUUUGUGCUCAGAUUUCGAGUGUCAUUACUUCCCUGAUAAUGCGAUCAUGUACGGCCUCCGUUGGACCGACGUAAGCUGUUGAAUUAGCUUAUCCUUGGUAGUCACUGUGGGGCCAACGGCCUUUUGCUCGUUCUGCCAACUCUGGCUCAAUGUCAUGCAACAACCUUGGGUGAACUCUGCGCCAUCAUAAAGUUUAAUCGAGUUCGCUUUUUGCCUAGUGCACUUUCGUAUUUGUAUGAUGGGUGUAUCCGUGUUUUCACUCUGUUUUUUUUCAAAGGGGUGUUUCCGUGAUAUAAACAGACGCAAUAGCAUGUUGGUGAGUGCGUGUGUCCAUAUACGAUGUUACCCGCAGUGCACCGUACAAUCAUUACAGCCAGCUCACAAUGAACGUGCUCGUGAGCGACGAAGCACUUAACGAGUGUAUUACAGUCAUCAAGAGCGAAUCAAUUUUGGGAGCCCGCAAGGUUAAAAUGCGCGAGCCGUGUCGACAAUUCGAUUGAAUUUCGUCGUUUUGUUGGCAUUGUUGUAGUAGUCAUGGCUCGCGUGCUUCGCUUAUUGAGAGCAAGCCAUUGUUUGUCGGUGGCGCCUUCCGUGGUUGAAUUACGAGCACGUAUAUCACUAUCGGUGGGCGUUUCAUUCGUCAAUGGAUUAUCUGUUGGUGCUACCAUGACGUAUUACGGUGUCACGACGGCGUACUGUGUUAGUAUAGUAUCUUAUGACAUGUCAUUCCUGAUUUUAUGUUAUAUUAUGUUAUGCUGUGUUGUGUUAUAUUAUGUUAUAUUAUGUUAUAUUAUGUUGUGUUGUGU